GGAGAGGUGGUAGAGGACCCCCAGGGGGGAUAGGUUAUGACCCUAGGGGUGAUUCUCAUGGACUGGACCCACGAGGUGAUCCCAGGAAUCCUGACUACCAUGGUGAACUUCCACGGCGCUUGGAGGGGCAGCUGAGAGGCCCUAUGGAAGUACCUCCACCACAGCAGCCAGCUAAACCUCCUGCAAUCCCAGCAAAGCCCUUGAAAGGGGUACCAUCAGUUGUGCCAGACUUUGUGAUACCAAAUAACAAAGAAUCCCCCACAGGGGCUUCUCCUGGCCCCAAGUUCCCAGAGGCUCCCAAUCUGAUGCAAAAACUGAGUGAGAUGACAGGAGGUGCAGACACGUCUGUUGACAACAUCAUCUCAAAAGGGAAGGAACUUAUCUUCAUGAAGUUUGGACUUGGCGGUGGCAAGUAGCAAUGUGAGCAGGUACUGUGGUUGGUGCUGGCUUCUCUUCACUUGCAUUAAACCUAGCUGUGAUAAACUAUAUAAACUACCUUCUUUCUUGGAAAGUAUUAACAAGGUACUGUGACAUUGCAUGUUAUAUCUUUAAAAACUAUUGUUAUACAGGAGAUGAACGGAAGAAAGGGGGUGAAGGAUGAAGAUAUGAAAGAAAUUAUUUUCCCCACAAGAUCAGCCCUGUACAUGCACUAAAACUCACAGUCAGGAGACAAGAUAUCCUGAAUUUGAAAAGUGCAUGUUACUGCAGCCAGCCUGAUGUAAAAAUAUUGUAAUUAAACUGUGUUUAAUCUGUAAACAGUAACAAAUUCAGACCAUCCAUUGAAUUUGCAAUGGACAUUAUACCAGUAUGGAAAUAAACGGCAUUCAGCACAACAUAAUUUUUGUGAAUUAUUUUUGUUUUUGUUCAUGUGUUAUUUCAUCUUAUUAAAGAAUAUGAAGGAGGAAAGGUGCAUAACAUAUUUUUCCCAUGAUGCCAAUAAACAUGGAAUGAAUUGUGGACAUUAGUAAUUGUCAUGAAGUGUUGGUUCUACAACUUGCAUGUUAACAUAAGUUGCAUCUGCAUCAGAAAUUAUUGAUUCUCUGCAACAUUUUUCUUAUUUUUCAAAAGUUCACCACACGCUUAACUGCUUCUACAUUAAAAAGCGAAGUCACAGCAUCUGGAUAAUAUUUUUCAGAAACCCAGACAAGAUCGUUGAGAAGAGUCCUUAGAAAAUUUUGUUUAAUAUAAAGGUUUGUUAUGUAUCAAUAAUAAAUGUGACCAUAUUUUAACCCUCUUUAACAUUUUAAAAUAAUUUUUG